AUGGAGCCCGUAUCGCCAGUCAGUCCUCCGGGAGCAGAGUACUCGAGCCUGCCAGAGGUCGUGCCGGGAGAGAGGCAGGCGGCGCAAGAUGGGGGCCAUGCGCCGGAGCGCGUGCCUUUGGAGCGGGAGAACGAGUCGCAGAUCAUGGCUAGGAACAAGGGCUGGGACACGACGGACUGGGAAACGCAAAAGCAGAAGGAGCCAAAGCGGCCGUGGUGGAAGCGGCGGCUUGUCUGGAUCAUCGCCGCCGUCGCGAUCGUAGUGAUUGCGCUCGUCGUCGGCCUCACGGUCGGGCUUCUGACGAGGAAAAAGGGUGCAUCAACUCCUACGUACGUAGCCGUUCCAAAGCGCGUUGUGCGACGCCCAACGCAACUAACAGCCGCAUCAAACAAUAGCACGACACCAUCCCCAACUCCCUCCUCGACAACCCCAGCCACCGCCUUCGGCACACCUACGACCUUCCCCGCCGACAACCGCGCAUCGGUCUGCCAGGGCACCGUCUGCCCCUCCACCCUGGCGACAGCGCAGCUCGUCAACCCCGACCCGUCCGCGCCGGCCUUCUUCGUCUUCGGCCUCGGCGGCGACCGCGCCAUCUGCUUCGGCAGCCAGCCCGCCGCCGUCGUCGUCAACGGCACAGAGGUGCACGUCUUUGCCGUCUUCCAGGACGGCGCCGUCGGGCAAAAGGCGUACGUUAGGGGCAGCUGGCAGGCCGACUGGACGAACCUGCAGGGCAACUCGAUCAACGCGCCCGCCGCGUGCUCCUGGGGCGCCGGCAACAUCGAGCUGUUCGCGACCGCCGCGGACGGCGACAUGACGCACCGCCGCUUCGACGGCACCAGCUGGAGCUCCAAGUCGGCCAGCGACCCCUGGGACAAGUUCGGCGGGUUCCUGGCCGCCGGCGUCGCGGCGCUGUGCCCCGCGGACGAGCGCGUCGACGUCGUCAGCUACGGCAGCCACGCCGACAGCCUGCACGACCUGGGCUGGAUGCACUACCGCGACGGCGCCUGGGCGGGCUGGGAGGGCAACAGCCGGCCGCCGGGGGGCUCCGUCGGGUACCGCGGGGACCCGGCCAUCGUGCGGGUCGACGACAAGACCUCGGGCGCCGUGGGGAUCGGGUCCGACGGGCAGAUGUACUACAGCGAGUGGUCCUUUGCCAAGAACAAGUCGGGCGCGUACAGCAAGACCCAGAGCCUCGGGUCCGGGGCGUUCGAGUCGACGCCCUUCGUCAUCCAGUCGGCGAACCGCAUCGACGUGCUGGCGGUGGGGAAAGGCGACCGGCUGAUGCACAAGGCGCAGCGGGACGGCGUGUGGGCCAACGACUGGGAGGACCUCGGGGGUUACUUCAACAGCGCGCCGGCGGGGGUGCAGUGGCUGCCCGGCGGGUGGAUAGCCGUGUUUGGCAUCGGGCCCGAGGGCCGGUUGAUCCAUGGCAACUUCAGCCUCGUGGACCGGUACUUUUGGGGCAACGGGACAUGGUACGACGAUGGCGGGGAUUUGAGCACCAAGUGGCUCAGGGCUGGGCCGGCGAGGUGA